AUGGAGGAGGAGCCGUUUGUGCCGGAGCCGGUUGUGGCGAAGCCGGUGCCGGAGCCGAUGGAGGAGGAGCCGUUUGUGCCGGAGCCGGUUGUGCCGGAGCCGGUUGUGCCGGAGCCGGUUGUGGCGAAGCCGGUGCCGGAGCCGGUGGCGAAGCCGAUGGAGGAGGGGCCGUUUGUGCCGGAGCCGGUGGCGAAGCCGAUGGAGGAGGAGCCGUUUGUGCCGGAGCCGGUUGUGGAGGAGCCGGUGCCGUGGUCGACAGAAAUAACCGGAAAAAUUACUAUCCAUAUGAAUAACAAGGAUGAGGAUACUCCAAAAACUCCAAAAGCUGUAAAAAUGGAGGAUCCAAAACGGAUGCCCCCGCCGCCCCCGCCGGCCACGCAGGUUUCAAUGUCCUCGCCGCCGCCGCUGGUGUGGAUGCGGCCGCCGCCGCUGGUGUGGAUGCGGCCGCCGCCGCUGGUGUGGAUGCGGCCGCCGCCAGUUUUAACGCCCCCGCCAGUUGUAACGCCCCCGCCAGUUGUAACGCCCCCGCCGCCCCCCCCAGUUGUAACGCCCCCGCCGGCCACGCCAGUUUCGAAGCAGGUUGUGUUGGUGCAACAUGCCCGGGAGCUUGUGAUGAAUUUACGCUAUGCCAAUGUGCCCACCUGGCACAUUGAUGGCAAAGGGGGAGUGUGGAUCACUAAGGAGAAGCAGUGUCCAUACUGCUUCCAUGAUUUCAGGAGUCAGAGGGCCCUCCAAAGCCACUUCAACAUUUGCUUGCAAGAGGCGAAGGGGCACCACUGCCAGUGGUGCCCAUUAACGAAGAAUACGGGCAACUUUGGCAUGCAUAUAAAGCAUGACAGACACGAGCACACUCGGGCUAACAUCCGCAGAAAUAAAUAUCUAAUAGCGCCAUAUCAGUCAGGGGGCGGGAUGGCAAGGGAACAAGACGAGGACGAGGAUGAGAAGCGGAAGAGCUUGCAGGGCGACUGGGAGUGCCAGUUCGACAUUCUGUGA